GUUUGACCGUGGAUCGAAUGUGCUAGAUUGAGAGUAAAUUAAGGGAAGGCGAAGCCAGCUACUGGUGGCUAAUGUUGCAGUCGACUGACCGGCGGUAUGAUGAAAGGUGCGGCAGUGGGUUGGUGAGGACAGAGGAGGUGAUGGGAAAAAGUGAAGGGAAAUUUGUGAAAUAAAGAAAAAAUGUAGUGUUAUUUUAGGCUUAUGUGGAAGUGUUGCUUUGGGAAUAUAAAGAUUUAUUAUAAAUACCUUACUUUGGGAAAAAACUUAGGUAAUCCGUUACAGGUUUACUUACACUUCCCCUGGAUUCCAGCCAGCCCGACAACAGUCCUUUGGCUCUCCACUUUCAAGCUGUUGUGCAAAAACCAAACUCGCCUCUCUCUUUCUCUCUUUCAUGGCUGGGUACAAACCCGAAGAUGACUAUGAUUACUUGUUCAAGCUUGUUCUGAUUGGUGAUUCUGGUGUUGGUAAAUCCAACUUGCUUUCGAGGUUUACAAGAAAUGAAUUCAAUCUGGAGUCUAAGUCUACUAUCGGGGUUGAGUUUGCUACUAAGAGUUUGAAUAUUGAUGGCAAGGUCAUCAAGGCUCAGAUUUGGGACACAGCUGGGCAAGAAAGAUACCGGGCCAUUACUAGUGCUUAUUAUCGAGGAGCUGUUGGUGCAUUGCUUGUUUAUGAUGUCACAAGACAUGCUACAUAUGAGAAUGCUGCAAGGUGGUUGAAGGAAUUGAGGGAUCAUACAGACCCUAACAUUGUAGUCAUGCUAAUUGGCAACAAAUCAGAUCUGCGACACCUUGUAGCUGUCUCGAUAGAGGAUGGGAAAUCUUUUGCUGAGAGGGAAUCUCUUUAUUUCAUGGAGACUUCAGCACUGGAUGCGACCAAUGUUGAAAAUGCUUUCACUGAGGUUCUUACUCAGAUAUACCGGAUUGUAAGCAAGAGGGCUGUCGAGACAGGUGGUGAUGCUGCAGCCUCUUCUGUUCCAUCCAGGGGAGAGACCAUUAAUGUCAAGGAUGAUGGAUCUGUUCUUAAAAGAAUUGGAUGCUGCUCAAACUAGGUUUGCUUGUUUGGGUUUACACUGCACUUGGUAUUUCUUUGUAAAUGAUUACAUAUAAUCUGUCAUUAGAAUGAAAAACUAGCUUGUUGCUUUGGAACUUGCUUAGAAGGCCUUUAAACAAGGUGUUGGUCCAAAAAUACCAAUAACCAAACAUUUGAUGGGCCUUUUCCCAUAUCUUUUUCCUGCCUAAGUUUCAAAUAUGGCUUGUUUCCUGGUCGCAACCCCUUUGAAUUGUUAUGCCCUUA